UGCUGAUGAGGGCCAACAAGCCCGAAACAGCAGUCCAGAGCUCUGCAUCUUUUUUCUCUUGGCAUCACAUGGUGUAUUUUUUUUAUGUAUCUCUAUGGUGACGAAGAAACAACAAGAGAUACCUGCUUCUUCUUUCGCUUAUUGUGGAAGAAUUCAGAACCUGAGAAUUACAUACUAGGAUGGAAAAACAGCUUUGGACAAAGCCAGAGCUAAAAGUCACGGCCGAGAAGUAGAAUGUCUGCUCAGUAUAAUACCUAAUUAAGUUCUUUGUAACUAUGUAUGUAUUUG